AUGAGAAUUAUUAUAAUAAAUCAUGUGAAAUUAUUUAUCGUGAUACUAGCAACAUUUAUCUUUUUAUGUUCUGCGCAAUUCCCGGGAGGUCCAAAAGGUGGCGGUGGUAGUAGUGUACCGCCUAGUAUGUCUGGAGGAAUGCCUGAUGGUGAUGAUGGUGGCAGUGGUGGUUUUGAUCCAUCAAGUUUAAUCGGAGGUAGCAAUCCAAAAUCUGGUGGUAAUGGUGGAUUUGAUCUAGGUAAUGCACUAGUUCCAUUUACAGGUGGUGGCGGUGGUCAACCGACAGCAUCGCCAUCACCAAAUACUCAAGAGGGAGAUUCCGGCCAAAGCCCAGCUGCCAGUGGCAAUAAAUCUCUUGCUAAUUCACCUCAAAGUAAAGUACCUCCACCAUCUACUGGAAGUUCUAAUGAAGCGCCUGUUGGUGCUGGAAAAAGUAUUUUUGGUCAAACACCGCCUUUAGGUGGCACAUAUGGUCCAUUUAGUAUCGAGUUACAUGAUCCACCAGCAGGUUGGAAUGAAACAGCAAACGGAGGAGUAAUGUUAGCUUCCAGUGGUCAAAAAGUUAAACCUAAUAUUUCACCGCUAUCAUCUGCUAUCAAGAUUUCAAUUAUAAACAUUUCACAUUGGAAGGGAUAUUUAAUUAUUGUUUCGGUCAUUUCGAGUACUUUAUAUUUAUCAUUCUGUAGCAAUUAA